UUCUAUCUGCCCUACAAGGAAAGACCAAAACCUCAAAAACCCUCUACUGAGUUGGAAAGAGGAGGAGUCAAUUUUGGAGAGAGAGAGGGAGGGAGGAGCGAGUUGAGAAUGGCGACUCAGUUUCCCGACGAUUUCAAGUGUCCGAUUUCUUUGGAGAUAAUGUCCGACCCGGUUAUACUGUCGUCGGGUCAUACUUUUGAUCGGUCGUCAAUUCAGCGGUGGCUGGACUCCGGUCACCGGACGUGUCCUAUUACUAAACUGCCUCUCUCUGAGCACCCCUCUCUCAUCCCUAACCAUGCUCUGAGAAGUUUAAUUUCCAACUAUACCCUUGUGUCUGCUCCAAAACCACAGCCUCAUCCGGAGCCCCAAACCCUAAUCGCUACUCUCACCUCACCGUCUUCUCCGCUCCACUCCAAGCUCCACUCGCUCGACCAACUCAACCAGUUCUCCAAGCGUAACCCGGCUUUCCGUCGGCGGUUGACCGAGUCAGGCGCGGUUUCGGCGGUGCUGAACUGUGUUGGCUCGGAGGAUUCGAGUCUGCAAGAGAAAGCGCUCUCGCUACUGUUGAAUCUCAGUUUGGAUGACGAUAACAAGGUGGGUUUGGUGGCGGAAGGCGCUAUCGGUCGAAUAGUCGCCGCUUUGCACGGCCGGUCCCCCGAUUGCAGGGCGGUGGCGGCCACUAUGUUGACGAGUUUGGCGGUGGUAGAAGUGAACAGGGCCACGAUUGGGACAUACCCAUAUGCUAUAAGGGCGCUUGUUUCGCUACUUCGAGACGGGAAAGGUAGAGAGAAGAAAGAGGCUGCGACGGCACUAUAUGCUAUCUGUUCGUUCCCGGAUAAUAGGCGAAGGGCUGUUGAAUGUGGGGCGGUACCGAUUUUGAUCAGAAUUGCAGAUUCGGGAUUGGAGAGGGCAGUUGAAGUUCUGGGCCUUUUGGCAAAGUGCAAGGAAGGAAGAGAAGAGAUGGAGAAAUUCAAUGGUUGCGUAAAGAUUUUGGUGCGUGUUUUGAGAAAUGGAAGCUCGCGGGGUGUACAGUAUGCACUGAUGACUCUGAAUUCGCUGUGUAGCAAUGGGGAUGGGAUGUGUUUGGAGACGAUGAAAGAAGGGGUCUUGGAGAUUUGUAUGGGCUUGGUAGAGGAUGAUAAUGAGAAGGUUAGGAGAAAUGCUUCAAGUUUGGUUCAGACUCUGCAGGGAAAACAUUAACUGUGGAAGAAUUUGAGGGAGAUGAAGUGUGCAAGAGAUAUGUUUUUCUGUGACGCCACUUGGUCCUUUGUGGAGGUGAGUUGGGUGUUGUUGAUUGGUUCUCCUAUUUUGGAUAGUUCAUGUACAAAAGAAAAAAAAAAGGUUAGAUUUUGGUGGGCAUGUGGCUUUUUUGUAUUGUACAUUUCAAAUAAAAAUGACAUAUAUGAGCUCUCUUCUUUUUGGAAAGUUUCAAUUUUGCUUUGUAAAUGAUAAUUCUUCUCGAUUCACAAAUUUUCCCUGUUUU